UGUUACUGAGAGAUAAGCAAAUGUAGUUUCCACAUUUAAAUAUUUCCAACAGGAAAUGUCAGCCAUCCUGCACGCUCGUCAUUUCAACAAUUAAAAUAUUCUGGGCUUCAUGAAAUGGAAAACAUAGACUGAAGAAUUUUAGGCCACCACAUAAAUGGGAAAAACCCACUAGCUAAACUGUAAACUGUAAACUUUUUUACACAAAAGUCCACCAGUAAAAACUAAUUCGUUGUCUCUGUGAUUUUGCAUGAUAUAAAAAAAUGUAAAAGGUUGUAGCAGCAGCAAAGGGUUAGAAUCGAAGUUUAUUAUAAAAAAUAGUAAUCACACUUCACUGAUGGGAGUCUGGAUGAAUGGAUAUGAGGACAGGGUAAACUUCCAAAAUGAUUAAACCGAAUUAGAAUUAGAAAUAUUCUUUAAAAAACGACAAAGGGAUUUCUUUGAUUCAAAACUGUGCUCGUUUUUAAAUAUCUGUUAGUUUCAAAAGUAAUCAUUGUGCUUUUCUUAAUCCACCCGAUACUGCACUGUUUAAUCCUCGUUCUUCAACUGAGCAAAAUGCUCGCAGUGGAUCACGCUGAUGGCGUGAAUGCUGAACGGGAUUCUCCUUUGUUUUCCCAUCCUGAAGCCCGGAGCUUUGCAGGGCUGGAGAGUGGCUCUGCGCCGUCUACCUGUAGAGCAGCAGAGCGUUUUAAGAAUGGGAAGAGCAUUCCCCUUUAAACAAGGCGGGCAGAGCUUAUUUGCAGUUCUCGCUCCUAUGGCAACCCAAUGGAUCAGCAUCAUGAAUAUUCACAAAUCACCAAAACGCAGCCUGACUAUGGAUCAGUGAUGUCAGCGGUGCCUGGAAUGCUCAACUGUAUUUUUGCUUGAUUGUGUCGCGUUGCUUGACAGUAACUGACCAGGGACCUGCUGAAAGGAGCAUCCUCCGUCUUCCAUGACCUUUCCCUCGUCUUGGUAUUGCCGUCCGUCGCCACAUCCUUCCCAAGUCACGCUAAGGUGACUUUCAAGCAGUUUUUUCCACUUUUGCGCACGAUGACGGCGCGGCACAGGGAUGAACAUCGAGGACGCAGUGGCCACGCGAGGUGUCCGCCGUGCGUGAGGACAUAUGCACGCUGUCAGGCAGUGUUAUCAUGAACACGAGUGCUGUCUGUCAUCUGUUUCACUGGAGCCACGGUGGUCCAUGUCAUGUGUAGCAGGGUUUCUGGGAUUCACAUCAGCUCCAGACUGUUCGCUCUCACAAACAAACGGCGCGCGUGGCUGGCAGGAGGUUCAACCCGCUCCGCCACAGCCUAAAAACCUGGAUUUAUUUAAUUCUACCCGCUGUGUCUCAAUGUCAUAAUGGACAGGUUGCACUCCUCCAUGCGUAAAAGGCUCUACAGUUUGCCACAGCACAUAGGACAGAAGGCAUCCAUAAUGGGCGAAGGGGAAGACGCAGACAAGGACACUCGGAGGAAGAGCAUCAGGAUGAAACCUCUGGCGUCGCCGACCUCUGGAGGAAGCUGCAGAGGCAUCGGGGAGACCAAAAGUGGGGAGUCGCUGAUCAUGGAGACGGACAUAGGGAGACCGAUGAAGACCAGCUCGAACGGGGACUGUCGCAGGUUUCGAGGGAGCCUCUCAUCCAUCACGAGCCGUCAUUUGCACGACUCGGGCUCAGCGGAGGAGAGACGCCUAAUCACCGAGGGGGAUGUCACUCCGAGCGAGGAGAGUCCCCCCGGUGCCGUGGGCAAUGGGACCCCAGAAGCGGGCGCGCAAGGGGCCAGUGGCGGGGCCCAAAACGAGUCUCCAAGCCAGCAGUCAGGGUUCGUAAAGUUGGACGGCAUCGACCAAAUUCUGCCGGACGACGAGAGAUUGUACCAGGCAGGGUUCAUGCACAGACAGUUCGGGGCAAUGCUCCAGCCAGGGGUCAAUAAGUUCUCUCUGAGGAUGUUUGGAAGUGAGAAGGCGGUGGAACGGGAACAGGAGAGAGUCAAAUCCGCUGGUUUCUGGAUAAUUCACCCUUACAGUGAUUUCAGGUUUUACUGGGACUUGACCAUGCUGCUGCUGAUGGUGGGCAACCUCAUCAUCAUUCCUGUGGGCAUAACGUUCUUCAAGGACGAGCACACCCCGCCCUGGAUCGUGUUCAACGUGGUCUCCGACACCUUCUUCCUCAUGGACCUGGUCCUUAACUUCAGGACGGGCAUCGUCAAAGAGGACAACACAGAGAUCAUCCUGGACCCGCAGCAGAUCAAGAUAAAGUACCUGCGCAGCUGGUUCGUGGUGGACUUCAUCUCCUCCAUACCCGUGGACUACAUCUUCCUCAUCGUGGAGACACGCAUUGAUUCCGAUUUCUACAAGACGGCAAGGGCCUUGAGGAUAGUCCGCUUCACCAAGAUCCUCAGCCUGCUGCGGCUGCUCCGCCUCUCCAGACUCAUACGCUACAUUCACCAGUGGGAGGAGAUCUUCCACAUGACCUAUGACCUGGCCAGUGCAAUGGUGAGAAUAGUCAACCUGAUUGGGAUGAUGCUGCUGCUGUGUCACUGGGAUGGCUGUCUGCAGUUCCUGGUGCCCAUGCUGCAAGACUUCCCUGCUGACUGCUGGGUGUCCAAAAACAAGAUGGUGAAUGACACUUGGGGACAGCAGUACUCCUACGCCCUUUUCAAGGCUAUGAGCCACAUGCUGUGUAUUGGAUACGGCAUGUACCCCCCGGUGGGCAUGACAGACGUGUGGCUGACCAUCCUCAGCAUGAUUGUGGGAGCUACCUGCUACGCCAUGUUUGUGGGCCAUGCCACCGCUCUAAUCCAGUCUCUGGACUCAUCUCGACGGCAGUACCAAGAGAAGUACAAACAGGUGGAGCAGUACAUGUCUUUCCACAAGCUGCCGGCAGACAUGAGGCAGAGGAUCCACGACUACUACGAGCACCGUUACCAGGGCAAGAUGUUUGAUGAGGAGAGCAUCCUGGGAGAGCUGAACGAGCCGCUGCGAGAGGAAAUCAUCAACUUCAACUGCCGAAAGCUUGUGGCGUCCAUGCCUCUGUUUGCCAACGCAGACCCCAACUUUGUCACCUCUAUGCUCACCAAGCUGAGAUUUGAAGUGUUCCAGCCCGGAGAUUACAUCAUCAGGGAGGGAACCAUCGGCAAGAAAAUGUACUUCAUCCAACACGGGGUCGUCAGUGUGUUGACCAAAGGCAACAAGGAGACCAAGCUGUCAGAUGGCUCCUACUUUGGAGAGAUUUGUUUAUUGACACGAGGCAGAAGGACAGCCAGUGUCCGGGCGGACACGUAUUGCCGACUGUACUCACUGUCUGUGGACAACUUCAAUGAGGUGCUGGAAGAGUAUCCUAUGAUGAGAAGGGCCUUUGAGACGGUUGCACUCGAUCGACUGGACCGUAUCGGCAAGAAAAACUCCAUCCUGCAACAUAAGGUGCAACAUGACCUCAGCUCUGGGGUUCUCAACUGCCAGGAGAAUGAGAUCAUCCAGCAGAUUGUGCAGCAUGACCGGGACAUGGCUCACUGUGCCCACCUCAUGCAGAACCCUCCACCCCAGACGCCUCCCUCACCUACCCCAGUCAUCUGGGCUCCCCUUAUCCAAGCCCCUCUCCAAGCAGCAGCUGCAACCACCUCAGUAGCUAUUGCACUCACACACCACCCCCAGCUUCCACCAACACUGUUCAGGCCCCCGGUAUCUGUUCUGGGGUCAUUAAAAGCUCCCACUGGUCAGUUAAAGAAGGGUCAUACUUCUGUUCCAUCGUCCACAGCACCCGGCUCUGCUGGGGACUCUCCCUCCAGUACACCCUCAAAACUGCACACUGGAGUGGACAUGCCAUUACUGGCCUCUUUUAGAGCCCAGCAGGUGGCAUCACUUUCAGGGGCAUCCAGAGCCCAGCAGGUGGCAUCACUUUCAGCAUCGGCAUCUGGCUCCAGUGAACAGACGGGAAAACAGCAAGAACCCAGUGGGGUAGGGUUUGAGUUCAGUGGUAGACUGUCGUCUUCCAAUUCCUUAGGACCACAAUCAUCCGGUGUUUCACCCUCCUGUAGCAUGGCACAGCUGCACCCCCAUCCUCAGCAUUCACAGCCUUUUCGGUCAAACACCCCACCCCUCUCUAACCUUUUCCACCAAGGUUCCACAGGUGGAAGCACAGGAUCAGGAAUAAGUACUGGGGCACUUGGAGCUUGUGGGGUCGGCACAGGUUGGCCAACAGGUGGAGCAAUAGCAGGUUCUCUGGAAGAAGAGAGUUUUUGGGCUCGAGACGACUUUGCAGGUGGAGCAACAGAAAUACCUGCUGAUAGGAACUUCACUCUAGGUAGAGCUGCUGGUGGUUCAGGAAGAGGGGUCUCGGUGGAGUCAUUACUAUGUGAAGGAUCAAUAAGUCAAGCUUGUGGCAAAUUAGCAGGUGGUUCAUCCAGUGGAUCAGUUGUGGGUGCUGCUUGUGGGUCCAUGGGAGACACUGCCAGGCGAUCAGUGGGAGGGGUUUCUAGAGGGUCAAUAAAAAGGGCUUUGGGGGUUAUUGUAGCUGAGACCACUGAAGAAUCAGCCAUCACAACAAAUACUGGAGGAGCAUUUGGAAGACAAUCUGGGGGAUCAGUAAGUUUGGCCGGGAAUCCCUGUGGUUCAUUGGGAAGGGCUUCUGGGAGUUUGAAAAUUACAACAACUAGCCAUACAGGAAGUAGUCCAAGUGGGACAGGAGGAGGAUUGGGUGGGGGACAAAGUAGCAAAGCACCAUGUGAGGUCAUGGGGAGCCACAUAAAAGGCUCAGGAUCUUGUGCUUUAGGAGGACCGUCAUUAGGAGUUACAGCUGGACUUAUUGGUUCCUCUCGUUGUCCAAGUCCAUUAUCUAGUAGCUCCUCUACUCUAAUACCUGGACAACUUCUUCAAAGCCAGACUCUACCUAAACCUCCUCAGGUGGCUCCUGUGCAGCACUUUGCAGGUGGAGGUCGGACUACCAGUGGAUUAAACCUCCUCCAUUCUCCUCCACAAGGCUCCCCAUUAUUAGGUAGAGGACAGCACAGCCAACAGCCAACAGAAGGCCUGUACCCGUCCUUCAGUCAUUUUAGCCCAGUGGGGGUCCAGUCUGGGUUUCUGUCUCACCAGUCAUCACUAGAGAGGUCUGCCUUGGCCUCCCUGGCCCAAUAUGGCUCUGCAAACGCCUCCCCUUGCCUUACUCCAGUGGCUCCAAGCCCGACUGGUCAAAGUCCUGUGUCAAGCAGGACUUUUCACUACAGUGACACCUCCAGUGUUACAGGGUCCCACAGCUCUCUGCUAAUGCCUCAGUCAUCUCUACCUUCACAACUGUCCGGUCAAUCACAAACAGCUGGGAGGGAUUCACCGAGUUAUUCUCCUAGUUUUGGUCGUUUUUUUGAGGACCUUAAAUGUUUAUCCAGCUCACAUUCAUCUCUAGGGCAGGAGGUGGCACAGACUGUUGGCCAACCAACUCCUCAUCCAUCAGUAGAGACUGGAUAUUACCCUUCACCUUUCUCAUCACCUACCCUUGUACCCAAACCUUGUAGCUCAGUGCCAGGUCACAUGACUCCUCCGCUUCCGUCAUCUCCAGGGUACCCUCGCCAGACUCAUUCUCCCGGAGGCUCCCCAGCUGUGCCUCUACGGAGGGGCUCUGCUGCUUAUACACCAGACCUAGAACCUCAAACUGUCCGCUCUAAACUUCCAUCCAAUUUGUGAAGAUUGGUCACACCCUCCUGUGCUCAACCAAACUGAAACAAAAAACAACCCUCUUGUUCUUGUUUUGUUUUGUAUUGUCUUUUUUCUUUAGGCAUCACUGUGUUGCAUAUUUUACCUACCAAGACUUUACAUUUACUGUGAUUUGAAGAAAACAGUCACAGAUAACGUUUAGAAUAGUAUUUAUUUAUUUAUAAGAUUUUAAUACAUUUUUAUUUAUACAUACUGUACAUAAACACAGAUACAAUGACAUUAGUCAAUCAAGAGUAGGAGCGGUUGUGAACGUUCUACUUCUAAGGCUAAACCUAAUCCAUCUGGUAAUGUUUGGGAAUAUACUUCAGUCGUCUACACAUUAGAACUCCUUUCCUGCAGGAACCUAUGCACUAAUCCUUGCAUGUGCAAAGGCUUUUGUGUGUUUAAUAUUUACAUUUUUAGCUAAAGUGAGCUUUGAGACAGGUAGACCCCUGAACCAUGUCAUUUAGGGUCACAUAUUGUCAAUCCUUUAUUGUAUCUAAUAGAUUGUUCCUAAUUAUCUUUCUAAUUUUCCAAAUCUCAUGAGAGUUGGAGGAGAUGGAGAAAUGUUUGGAUACCAAAAAAGACUUUUCUUGUUGGGUAAUAACUCACCUCUUCUUGGCACAAUAGUCCUUAUUUUGUAGCGCUAAAGGUAACCACACUGUUGUGAGAGCAGGGCGAGAGAGCUUCAGCAGAGGUACCCUCCAUCUUAAUACUGAGACAUCACUGCAUGUGAGCGACUGAAAUCUUCACCCAUGUUACAGCAAGCUUACUCUGUCUUCCAAGCUCAUGCCACUAACGCGUGUGAAAAGCAUGCGUUGUUUUUCUUCCUGACUGUGCAACUGUUAAUGUGUGACUGAUGGUGAGAAAGGAGAGUGAGACGGCGGGUUGGUGGAGUGCAAGCAAGGUUUUCCCUGGACUUUUCCAAAAUAACGUUCGCCUUUUACAACAGAAACUUCAAACUUUGAGUUUCAACACAUUUUGCCCCCAUUGGUUUAUGUUUGGUUUGUUUCGUAACACAGUUCGUAAAGUGAACAUUCAAGUGUUUUAGUUGUGUAUUCCAUCUUGCCGUGUAGCUGUUGUAGUAAGAUGUUAACAUACUGUAGGCUUGGACACUUGGUUGGUAGCAGUGCUACCAUGUUUUGUUUUGUUUUGUUUUGAAUAUAUUAUUCUUGGUUAGUUUAAAGUCUCAAUGGCUAAUCUAUGUCAGUGAAACAGUAAUACAGUCAUGUUUUUUGAAUUAGAAUACAAUUCAGUGGACAAUAGGCGGUAUGACAGUAUGACAAGAGAUGACACUGACAUUGUGUUAUUGAUAGAUGGACGCUUUUUUGAUUGUAUUUGGUAUCAAAACUUUAGUCUUAGAAAGUUCCCCAUUAAGCCCUUGAAAAAAAA